UGGCCCGGGGGGAGGUUUCCGGCCCAGCGGAGGCGUCGCUCUCUGGGCCCCGCUCGCUCUGGUUUCUGUGACUCACGUCCGGUGGGGGCUGCCUGGAUCCUGCCGCCCCGCGGGGUCGGGGUCGGGAUCUCACUCCAGGACCCCUGCAGCCCCCGGCGCCAUGGCUCUGCACCGCCUCUGCGUUUGCCUGCUCAGCUGGUCCGGUUCCUGGGCGCAGGACCUGUGGGUUUCCCAGCCCGGCUCCGUGCAGGGCACCGAGGGCGGCUCCGUCACCUUGCCCUGCUUCUACAACAGCACCCGGGAGCCCCGGCUGGGCAGCUACACCUGGGUGAAGGAGGUGGCGGGUGCCCGGCUGGAGCUGAGCGACGGGACCCAGGAGUUCAGGGGCCGGGUGAGCCGGGCCCAGGACCAGAGCUUCCUGCGGGAGCGGAGAGCCGACGUGGAGCUGCGGGAGCUGAGACCCUACGACACCGGGACCUACCGCUGCCUGGUGAAGAUCCCCACCCUGGGCGAGGGGGCGGGGAACGGGACGUGGCUCCAGGUGCUGAAAGCGGCGUUUCACACCGACAGGGACACGCCCAGCUGCCCUUACACGCAGGGUCUCUGCCACCUGCCUCCCGGCUUCACUUUCACCAGCGUUUCAGUGUUUUCUCAGUGA